CCGGGCCAGCUGCCGGGGCCGCUAACGGUCCCGCGUCCCCCGGCGUCCGCGCGCCCCCCGCCGGGCGGACGCGGCCAUGGGGGCGAUGGGGGCGGCGGAGCCGCUGCGCUCCGUGCUGUGGGUGAAGCAGCAGCGCUGCGCCGUGAGCCUGGAGCCCGCGCGGGCGCUGCUGCGCUGGUGGCGGAGCCCGGGGCCCGGGCCCGGCGCGCCCGGCGCGGAUGCCCGCUCGGUGCCCGUGUCAGAGAUCAUCACCGUGGAGGAGACGGACACUCACGGGAAACACCAUGCCAGUGGCCGAUGGCAGAAAAUGGAAAAUCCCUACGCAUUCACAGUCCACUGUGUGAAACGAGCUCGACAUCACCGCUGGAAGUGGGCACAGGUGACCUUCUGGAGCGCUGACGAGCAGCUGUGUCACCUGUGGCUGCAGACCCUCCGAGAGCUGCUGGAGAAGCUGACAUCGAGGCCCAAGCACUUGCUGGUGUUCAUCAACCCGUUCGGAGGAAAGGGCCGGGGCAAGCGGGUCUACGACCGCAAGGUGGCGCCCUUGUUCACGCUGGCCUCCAUCACCACGGACAUCGUCAUUACAGAACAAGCUAAUCAAGCCAAGGAGGCUUUAUAUGAGAUUAACAUGGACAGCUAUGACGGCAUUGUCUGUGUCGGUGGCGAUGGCAUGUUCAGCGAGGUGCUGCACGGGCUGAUCGGGAAGACGCAGAGGAGCGCGGGCAUCGACCAGAACCAUCCCAGAGCCGUGCUGGUCCCCAGCCCCCUCAGGAUCGGCAUCAUCCCUGCAGGGUCAACAGAUUGUGUGUGUUACUCAACUGUGGGCACAAACGAUGCUGAGACGUCAGCUUUGCACAUCAUUGUUGGGGACUCCCUGGCCAUGGACGUGACCUCUGUGCAUCACAACAGCACUCUGCUGCGGUACUCAGUGUCACUGCUGGGCUAUGGCUUCUAUGGGGACUUGAUCAAGGACAGUGAAAAGAAGCGGUGGAUGGGGCUCGUCAGAUACGACUUUUCAGGUAUAAAGACCUUUCUCUCACAUCACUGCUAUGAAGGAACUGUGUCUUUCCUCCCAGCACAGCACACAGUGGGAUCUCCACGGGAUACAAAACCCUGCCGGGCAGGGUGCUUUGUGUGCAGGCAAAGCAAGCAGCAGCUGGAGGAGGAGCAGAAGAAGGCCUUGUAUGGCUUAGAAAACGCGGAGGAAGUGGAGGAGUGGCAAGUUAUCUGUGGGAAGUUUCUGGCCAUCAAUGUCACGAACAUGUCCUGUGCUUGUCCCCGGAGCCCCAGGGGCCUCUCCCCGGCCGCCCACCUGGGAGAUGGGUCUGCUGACCUCAUCCUCAUCCGGAAGUGCUCCAGGUUCAAUUUCCUGCGGUUCCUUGUCAGGCACACCAACCAGUGUGACCAGUUCGACUUCACUUUUGUUGAAGUUUAUCGAAUCAAGAAAUUCCAGUUUACCUCAAAGCACAUGGACGACGAGGACAGUGACCUCAAGGAGCAGGGGAAGCAGCGGUUCGGGCAGAUCUGCAGCGAUAGUCCCACGUGCUGCUGCUCAGCCUCCAGAGGCUCCUGGAACUGUGAUGGAGAGCUUCUGCGUAGCCCUGCCAUCGAGGUCAGGGUCCACUGCCAGCUGGUUCGCCUCUUCGCCCGAGGAAUUGAAGAGAAUCCUAAGCAAGAGUCUCAUAGCUGAAAAGCCAUUACACGUUGUCCACCGCUUGGGAAGUGUGAAAAUUAUUUUAAGAAAGUUAACACAGACCAAUUAUGUUGAUAUAUAUAUUUAAAUUUAGAAAUUUAUUUUUGAUAGUUAAAUCUUGAUUUUAGAAAAAAUACCUUUUGUCAGCAAUCUUGAGUACAUAUCUGGCUUUCUGAUUGUGGAUCUGAGUUGCAUUUCACAUCACUCACUCUCAGCAAUGGCACUUGCUGAUGUGGGGCUGUUGGCUUCUUAGAGUUUAUUGAUGUCAGAGCACAGACUUCAGGAUAGCCCGUUAGUGGCUCUACUGCAAUAAUUUUAGGGACAUUACUAUAGAGUACUUUCCAGGAGUUAGGUUACACCGUCUGGACACAAGGUAACUGCUAGGCCACUCCAAUCUGCCUUGCAGGACUUUCUGGAUUGCUUGUGACCAGGUUUUGGAAAGCAGGUGAUUCUCUCUACCUUCAUUUUGUGCCCAUCUUUACUUACGAUUAGGAUGUGUCUGUGGGAUCCUUGCUGUAGGGGGCAGCUAGAGCACAAUGCGACCCUGCUCACAGCGGCACCUCCAGAGCGAGCCCACGUCACUGCAUGAGAAGGCACCGAGGACAGCGUCUGAUCUCGGAACCCCCACGCUGGCUUCCAUGUCCGAGGUGUCCUGAGACAAAACCACGGGAGCAGCCACUGCAAUGUUGUUCUGUCAGCGCAGGUGGUGUGCACGCUCUGGAAAUGGCAGUGUGAAGGACUGCAAGAUCCGGGUGCUGCAUGGGGACACACAUGUCCACCCAGCCAGGCGCCAGAGGGAGCAGGAAGCGGCUGGCGCCCGCAGGAGGAGGAGCACUCUGACUUUGCUGCCGACCGAGUCUUCUCGUGGCCCAGAUUUCGUUCUGGGGUCUGUGUAUUUAUUGAAGUCUUUGUCCUUGUCAAUCAGAAGACUGUAAAUGGCGUCUCAGCUGUUUGUUUUGUCUCUACCAGGGCCGAUAGUUGCUUCCUGCUAAAGGCUAGGGACCAGGGCUUCCAUGUGUGCACUCCUGCGACCCUCCCAUCCGGUCCAAUCGGGGAUUCAGCUGUGUGCUGCAUGCUCCUUUUGUUUCCAGACUCGUGUGUGUGACAAGAUGUAUGUGAAAUAGUUGUAUGUGGCGUUCAAGAGUAUGCAGCUCACACUCAAUAUGUAACUGACUUAAAGAGCAGGGUUUUCUGUCCUGCACUGAGGGAGUGGAUCCAUUUGUCACCAUCGUAUUUAACAGGGAACAUCUAUUCCAGGAUUCCUUGCAUUGAUCUGUAUUGGAAACAUACAUGAAAUGCCACAUUUUGUCAUUCAGUCCCCUCCAGACCAAAGGGUCUCUUUAGAGGUGGCUUUGUAAUGGGCCGUGCUGUCAAAGGUGGUUGUGCGAGUGAAGUGAUUUAAUAACGGAUGGGUGAGUGAGAAACCAGGCUACAGGUUGUGAACACCCUGUGGUUUCUCUUCAUGUCUGUGCCUGGUUGGAAAGAGACCAAAGCUUUGACUGGCAGCUCUUUGACGGGGUGGUGACUGGCUGCCCUGAAACACCCUCAGAGCACAGGCGCUCUCCGGAGAGCCCACCUGUGCUGACCGCCUCACUGCUGCUCCCUCGGUCAUUCCAGAGAUGGAGGAGGCUGAGGCCCUGCAGGUGCCCCGGGCCACAAGGUUCCCCCAAGGAUUCAAGUCUUCAUUGGCCUGCUAAGUGCUCCUCACAACCGGGUCUACGCGGAGUCCCUGGCUGACCUUGGUAAAAAGAUGUAGGCAGAAGAGACUUUGCUGGUCCUUAGCAGCCCCGGCCAACACUGAAAAUGCAAAGCUUGGAGCUUUUCAUGGGCUGCUGCGAGUGUCUGACACCCUGAAAGCCCAUCAACACCUGUGCACAGGACGGAGGCAGCCUCUGACAUUCUCCCUCAACAGUGUCUGAUUUCUGUGACACCUCUCAGACACCGCAACUCCAGCCCCAUGCCGAGGGGUUCUAAGAGAAAAACCAGGAGUGAUGGUUAGCUAGCGAACACGAGGGUCCUUUAGAAGGCUUAGUUUACACUUUAACUUCCACUGUGGCUCACUGGUGUAAAGUGACCUGUCAGCAGCCACACAUGGUGACUUAGUCUUGUUUAUUGGAAUGAAGAAGUGGGAACGGCAGCUGCCCGCUUCCUUCCUCAGUGCAAUCUUCUACAGCCGGGAAAUACUGAUGCAGAGGACGGCUUAAUUUUCUUCUCAUCUUGCUGGUUUCAAGACUAGAAAAUGGGCCUAUUUGAUUGAAUGUGUUUGAGAAGACAAAAAUAAAGUUACUUUGGGCAGAAUUGGGCAAUUUU